AUGAUUAACUCCCUACUGAACGCGAAGUUCGCUAUGCCUCAGGGUGCAAUAAUGGGAACCAAGGUGGACCUGGAUGGGGAUUAUGAAAUGAUUACGAAGCUGGGGCUGGAUCCGCCGACUUCUGCCGGUCACGUUUAUGAGCAGGGAGCACUGCGGAAACGGCGUGCACGACGCCAGCCAGCCAUUUGGCCUCUUUUUAUAGCGCUCGCAGUAUCUGCAUCCGUUGCUUUUUUGCUUCUGAAAUGCGCUUUCCACUUGCAAGUAAAUCUGUCGAGGUCUUCGCGGGCGCUUUCGAGCGGCGACGGAGGCGACGCGUGGAAGACGCUUUUAUCUCAUGUAGGUUUGGUAGAGUUCUUCGUACAGUGCGAGUGCGGGGCGCAAACGCAGACUUCUGCACUAAGUCAGAAGCUCUUUUGCCUAUAUUACCCUGCACCUUGUUACCUUGCCUUUCAGGAAAGCUGCGAGUCCAGUGACGACGAGGCUUCGGAUACUCCCCGUAGACGAAGCCCAGUGAGCCGAUGGAAGCUCUGGACUGGAAGACUCACAGAAGGAAUGGCUUCCGUGUACGGGGGAAAACGUUCGUAUGAGCCGCUUCGGCGAGUGGCUUCUACGGCAUCUUCUGCAUCUACUGAAGGAGGGGCCACUUUCGCCUCUGCUGAAGAAGGGCCCAGCUCUGCAUCAGCUGAUAGAGGGGCCAGUUCUGCAUCAGCUGAUAGGGGGGCCAGUUCUGCAUCAGCUGAUAGAGGUGCCAGUUCUGCAUCAGCUGAUAGAAAGGCCAGUGAUGUUUCAGCCGUUGUCGGCCACGGCGGUAUGGGCUGGGUCCAACACCAAACUGUGCUUGAACUUGGAUACCCAUGGGCACCACACCAGCUCGGCUUCACUUUGGAAAAUCCUUUCAUAGACAUUGGAGGGGAAAUGGGAGAUAGAAUACGGGAAAUUACUCGAAGGCUUGGAGAAGCUGCAGUGUGUUCCUGCAUGGCUCACGGAGGAAUGAAUACCAGUUUAUUCGUGACAGAGUGGACAGCCCCAACAGGGGAUGAUGUUCAUUUACACGUUGAAUUGUGUGAAUUGAGCAACAAAGGCACAGGAAUUUUAGGUCAAAUUGCGUCUGUCUUUUCAAGAGAGAACCUCUACAAUCAGAGUCAUUUCCGGCGUGAUGUAAUAGUCCUGGGCGCAGAAAUGCUGACUAAUUGCAUGAAAGCAGUGGAACUUUCAGGGAAAGUUCCGGACGGGGGAACAGUUCCUUUGGGUUUUGUAAUCCCGAAGCCGCAAGGGCCGAGCACGGGGGAAAUCCUGAUUAAGGUCUAUGCCACGUCUCCUAGUGAAUCUGCUUUACGCUCUUCUUCAAAGAAAGAUGAGUAA